UUUCAAUGUUUUGAUGAAAUUCCAAAUAUAAAAUAUAUUUGGAAUGGGAGGUUUAUAAUUAAUAAAUAAUUUUCGAACAUUUCAUCAAAUAUUACUCAUAUAGCAAUUAUAAAUAAUACAUAACAUACUUAAAAAAGUUAAUGCCUUAUAUACGAAUGCAAUUCUACCCGGUGCAUGCCAUUCUUCUUUAAAAAUUCUUUGUGUUGUUUCACUAUAUAUUCCACUUCCUUGCAGUUUAACAAAACAUCAAAAAUAUGAAGUGAGGAAUAUUUAUAUGGGUUUCAUGUCAAACUUAAUAGUAGCAAAUACUGGCUACAAUGAAUAUGGGGGCCAAUGGAGCAGAGGUGUGUGGAGAGGUGGUAUUAAUAGCUGAUGAACUGAGCAGAGCAGUGGAGCUCACUCUCAAUCCUAGUGUUGCACAUGAAGCCAGAAGCCAAGCUUACAAUGCUUGUGAAAGUUUCAAAGAAAAUUCACCAUGGUGUGCUCAGGCUGGUUUACUGUUGGCAAGUGGGGGUCAGUACUCUCCAGUUGUUAAACAUUUUGGAUUGCAGCUCAUGGAGCAUACUGUUAAAUAUAGAUGGACCCAAAUAACUCAAGCUGAAAAAUUGUACAUAAAGGAGAAUGCAAUGAAACUUCUAUACAUGGGAGGAUGGGAAACAGGUCAUUUGAAUGAUGCAUUAGCUCGAGUUAUUGUAGAGAUGAUUAAGCGUGAGUGGCCACAACAAUGGCCAACACUUUUGGCUGAGUUGAGUGAUGCUUGUUCACGUGGACAUUUGCAUACUCAAAUUGUACUGCAUGUCUUUUUAAGACUUGUAGAGGAUGUUGCAACUUUACAAACAUUAGAACAGCAUCAGCGGCGUAAAGAUAUUUACCAAGCUCUGACAAGCAAUAUGGCUGAAAUAUUUGCAUUCUUUAUGCGUCUUAUUGAACUCCAUGUUCAAGAAUUUAGAGAAAAGACUGCAGCCGGGGACUAUGCUGGGGCUGCAAGUAGCGGCAGGGUUGUACAGGUUGUAUUACUGACGCUCACGGGAUUUGUAGAAUGGGUAUCCACAAAUCAUGUAGUGACAAACAAUGGACGUUUGCUGCAAAUACUGUGCAUUUUGCUACAAGAUGAUGUAUUUCAAUUGCCAGCUGCUGAAUGCUUAUUGCAAAUAGUUAAUAGGAAAGGCUCCGCAAAAGAGCGAAAGCCACUAAUGAUAUUAUUGAGUGAAGACGCAAUCUCAUGUAUCCAUCGUGCUGCUGUUGCCAGUAUUUCAGCGAUGGACGAAAAUCAUUACUUGUUCCUAAAGAAACUCUCACAGGUCCUUGCCGGUCUUGCCCAACAAUUGACGUCUCUAUGGAACUUUGCGACUAAUGUGGAAUCAUGGAUGCCGCUUUUACUUGAGACAACACUACUUCUGACAUCACAUCCGUCUCUUACACUCGUCCAUACAGCGAAUUCUGUAUGGCUAGCGUUUUUAAAGCACGAUCAGAUUUCAAAGCUGCCAAAUGUGUUGGCCGUUGUUCCGAGAUGGUUGCACGCUGCCGCUCCUAAGGUUUUGAAGGUUACAUACCCAUCAUCCCGUGUGAGCGGCUCCAAUGACGCAGUGCAAUACGCGUGUAUCGACUACGAUAGUGAACAAGAAUUUAUUAUAUUCUUUAGCCGUUGCCGAACAGAAGUAUUGGAAAGUUUUCGAUACUGCAUGGUAGCGGCUCCGCUAGUAACGUGGUCAUACGUGGAGCAAUGGACGCAAACGGCGCUGGAUAAAUUAGAUGCGCCCGUUGCGAAUGACUUGCACGUCGAAUGGGAAGCGCUUGCGCAGGUACUAGACGUGGUCCUAUCUCGUCUCUUGCAAGCGGAACCCAGACCCAACGUAGCGGAAGGUUUGCGGUUGCUUCAGCGAUGCGUCUCCUGCGAACCACCAGCGCCAUUACUCUUGUCUCUGCUUUUGUCUUUCAUAUCUGCAUUGUUCGUGUUUCUUAGCUGUGCUUACAGUCAACUGGCAGGUCCAACUGUAGGUUGCGCAGGCGCUGAAUUACUUCCACGAGUGCUGGAUAAAAUAUUUAAUGUACUCGUAUAUGAAGGAUCGCCCCCCGAAGAUCGAAGCUCGCGUAGUGUUAAAAAUGUUCGCAGACACGCAGCUGGAUUGUUGGUUAAACUUGGAUCAAAGUACCCAUUACUCCUCCUACCCGUAUUCCCGCGUCUUCACGAGAUGUGUCGCGCUGCACUUGCUCGGCCCGAUCUAAGCGCAGUGGAGAGCGUCACAUUGCAAGAAGCCCUGCUGCUGGUCUCCAAUCACUUGUGCUGUUAUGAGCGUCAAAGCGCGUUGGUUGCUCAGGUGUUAGGAGACUGUAGCGUCCGAUGGGCAGCUCUAUCUGAGCACUUAACAAGCGCACAGUCUUUGGCCCAUCUAAUAGGCCUUGAUGCGCCCCCGUCAGACACAGACGAAGAACGUGGUACCGCCCGUCGGACAUUGUUACACGCUUUAACACUCGCAUUGGGCGUUGUGAAGCGGACUUGUGUGCCUGCUGACCCGGAUAAGGCGGCUAGGGGCGGCUUUGGGGCGGGGUUGACCCCCUCCGGGAAUCCGGUGUGGCGGAAUCCCGCGGCGGAACAUGUACUGCCCCUAUUUCCACAUGCUUUGGCUUUGGGUCGCGCUCUUCACGAACUGCACGCUCCGGGAGCGGAGUCCCUACGAGAUCCUGCGCAUAGUCGAGCCCUUCAGCCCCCACCGGCAGAGCGCCGCAAUCUGCUAGGGCUCCGGGAUGAUACCCCACUCGCGCCCCUUUCUCCACAGCCUAGUACCCCGCAGGACAGAAUGCAGAACUUCUUGCACACCUUGCAUGAUAACGUGUGUCAACUAGUAGGGGCAGCAGCUGCCUCUCUGGGCCGAGAGUUGUACGGCGCGGCAGGUCUAGCACGAGCUAUAUGUGGAUCGCUCAUAUCGGCCCCUUCACGACUUCCAGACCACUGGCUCCGUAGAGUUCUACGAGCUGCGUUACGACCUUUGCUAUUGCAUUGCCCUCCAGCUCAUUAUAGGGACGUUGCCUUACCCCUAUUGCAGCAUACGGCACCGCUUAUGGUGGUACAUCUGUCCCAAAGAUGGGACUACGUGACGUCACUGUACGAGUCCGGGAAGCUGGAGGAAGAGAGUGGAAGUGAGUCGCAGGAAGUGUUGGAGGAUAUGCUAGUACGACAUCUCACUAGGGAGUACUUGGAAGUUUUAAAGGUAUCUCUAGUAGAAGCAGCCCCAACAGAAGCAAGUAUCGAUGGAAUGGAAGAAGAAAUGCCCACCGCCAGUCCUGCGCGUACGCCGGAGCACGUGUCAGAACUGGGAGCCGUGUUACUGGCUGAUCCCAUUGCUGGGCCUGCUCUAUUGCAUACGAUACUUCGAGCUUUAACAUGGAACGACUCGACGUCCUCGUUACGGGCGUGUGCGUUGGCCCUUCCGGCGUUACGAGCGGCGUUAAGUAACGGCGCCGUUAGCGCUGGGGAGGCUAACGGGGCGUUGGCGGCUGUUCUACACGCCUUGAGGCUGCAUGGACAGCAUGAGGCUAAUCAGGCGGCCCUGCUGUCGCUUGCUGUACAGGCCUAUGAAGCUCUCCGACCACGUUUCCCGGAAGUAGCGAACGUGUUAGGCGCAAUACCGGAUGUAGAUGCGCACGACUUGCGAAGGUUGGAUGAAAAGCUCGCGGCCAACAACGCGCGACCAGCUAAGAUCGAUAAGAGCAAGAAGGAUUUGUUUAAGAAAAUCACAUCGAGGCUGAUCGGAAGAAACGUCGGCCAAUUAUUCAAGAAGGAAGUGUUCAUACUAAACCUACCAACGAUGAAUGUACCUAAAGAGAAACCGCGUAGCGCCGUCGAAUCACCCGAAGGGGCGGGGCUUGACAAACUAUUCGCUAACGGGCCCACAUAACGUACGCGUACGUACGUUAAUUUGCAGGUUUUAACCGCGUUGUGAUUUAAGUUAACGCCGCACUCGAAUUUUUUCCGCGAUUUAAACUAAAUGCUAGGGUAAUACUUAUAUUGAAAUUAGUAUAAAAUAAUAUCGCAGAAAAAAGCCGUGGUGCGGCUGUUACAGAAUGAAUUGAGCUUUUCCAUAUAUUGUACCUACUUAUGAAAUGAUUUGAAAAUGGCAACAUUACAUUGUAAUUUUUGUCAAUGAGUUCCGAGACUGAUUUUAAAUUAAUUUUUUUUAACCUUAUUUUAUCAGGAAGUUUUCAAUAAAAAAGCUAUUUUUUGCGGUUUUAAGGAAAGAAAUCUUAUUAAAUAUGGAUAUUCUAGUAUGUCUAAAAUCUCAAUACAUUCUGUAAUCACUCAAUGUCAAAAUCUCGUCUUAUUCAUAAACCUUUGGUAAAGGAUUUUUGUCACAUAUUUUAUAUUAUGACAUGGGUUUAUGGAUAAGGUCCAUUCGACAAUAGAUUACUAUUGCCGCAACUAUGGCAACAAUGGUGUCUAGUUAAAUUUGGUUUAUUUUUUAACUUGCGGAGUUUAUUCUCGAAUAUUCAAAUUGUAUGGAAUUUUUAACACCUGCUCUCUGAACUCGAGCCAACUAUACUACUAUAUACUAUAGGACCGUUAUUGACGCUCCUUAGUAGGUCUAUAAAAUUCAAUACUCUAUGGAAAAGCCUGUUUGACAGUUGACACUGAAAAAUAAAGUGUUGUUGAGAGUAAUCUGUGUAAAACAUGACUUUAAAAAGCGCUAUGGAGUAAAAUAACUUGUUUUUUUAUGGCAAUAGUUUUAACAUUAUCCAAAAUAACUUUUUUCAUACUAAUUUACAAAAAAAUCCACAGUAAAAAUAUUGAUUUGUAUAAUAUGUCAGUUACGUGACACAGAAUAGAUUAGUCGAAUCGACAAUGACGUAUGCAUGUUAAUAAUGUCUUGUAUAAUAUUAAUACUAUCUUGGAGAUUUAUUUGCUGGGUUUUGAAAGGAAACAUAACAUGUAUUUGAGUGAGAAUGAUAAUAACACGUCUAAAUCUCAAAAAUUGCUCACCUGUUUACAAGUAUGGAGUCAUGCGACGCCAUCUUGCCCAGAAAAACAUUUUGGCGCGUUCAUGAAAUUAAGAAUUGUAUUUUAAAAGCCAAUACCUAUCACAAAUAAAAUAACAAUUUGUAUUUUAGUGAAAUACACUGAAAUUUUUAAUACCGUGUCAAAUAGCUCGAUGUUGUUCUUUUUUAUUUCUAUCUUUUAUUAUACCACGAAGUAAAAUACGAUUUUUCUUUGUGCCUUCUUAGUUAUAGCAAGUGUUAUUUAGAAGCAGGUGAACACACGGCCUAAUGCCAACAAUGUUAACAAUACUUUGGUAGAUUCAGGUGUUAAAAAAAUCUAACCAAUUAAGAAUAUGAGUAUUCGAGAAUUUACUUAGUUUAAAAGGUAAAUGCGAACGCGAAUAUGAGAAAGUAUUAGGAACUAUACAGCGGCGGUGCGCAUUAAAAUUAAACAUAUAUUAAAUAAUAAUAUGUUACAAUUAUAACAAUUAAACAUAUAAUAUGUUUCUUUACCUAGAAUAUAGAUUUUACAUCCCAAUAGCAUUUAUUACUUUAUCAAUUCUAACGAUAAAUUCUUACUUUUGCAAAAUUUGUUUCUUUUUAAUAUGAAGGCGAAGAUCUCUUGGGAUUUUAUUAAUUUCUGUAUAUAAGUGUGAUUUGAUUGAAAAAUAAUUUCUAAUACAGAAUGUAUGUUUUAGUGUUAUAUAUCACAUGAACGUUCCUAUAUACAUAAUACUGUUGAUUAUAUUAUUAGACACAUUAUGAGAUUUCUAUGUAAAAUGUGUGGAUAUGUCUUCAUUUUAAAAGCUUUACGUUUUGAUUGGAUUGGUUUAUAUAUAUAAGAAAUUGUCCAUGGAUAAAUAAAAUUGAUUAUGAAUAGCGAAUCUAAAACCGCUAUCGCUAUAAUGAUUCAAAUUAAUAAUUCAAUAUUUUUUUUAAAUAUAAUAAUAACUUAUCAAAACACAGGUAUAUAAAAGUUAUUGGUUAAUUCUAAUCAGAUAUAGUUAUGUAUGUUGGUAAAGAAUCCUGAGACUGGUAGGAAUUUUCUAAAUAUCAUAGUAAUUUGUUAUUUUAUUCCUUUACCAUUCCUUACCUAACCUUAUGCGGUUCAAUGCUGCAUGACCAUGAACGCCAACAGCGGAGUAGCGAGCCUUCCACAGGAUUCAAUUGCAUUAUGUUUAUUUAUGUUCUAAAAAGUGUUUUAUGGGAAUAAAAAGUCUUCUUAGUAUGUAGUAGUGGAUGGAUGAAGAAUUUGUUUGUUCGUUUUUUGCUAGUAAUUAUGUCAAUAUUGGUGAAUAUUUUUGUGGCCAUUUCUUUUAGGUUGUAGCACGUGUUCUGUGUAUGUUUUUCUAUAUAGUGCCUUUUUCACAAUAGACAAAUUUAUGGUAUCGUGAGAAACACAAAGACUGAGUUACGACCUAAAUGCUAUUUUAUGAUCCUUGGAUUUACGACAUUCCAAAAUACAUUUUCUUAAUAAUUAUUAGCAAGAUUUUUUUUCAAAGUCAAAACAGUACUCAAAUCAGUUCGAAAUAGAAGAUUAAUUUUGCAUUUUUAAGAAAUAAAAUUGUGUAAUAUUUUGUUUAAUCAAACUGUUUGUGGUAAAUCAAGGAUCAGCCCUAAAUCACAGCUAUGGAAAUUGUUUUUUUAAUUGUGUUUGUAUUAUAUAGGUGUGUAAAUAUUGGAUUAUUUAGGUUUUUCGCGUUCGCAUAGCCUGCGACCGCCGGGGAUCGCCGCCAUAUCGUAUUCACGAUGUUAAAUUUUUUUAUGUGAAUAAACGUUUAUAUGUUAUUUAAAUAUAAUAUAAAAUUUCAA